CUGCCACAGAAGCAGCAAUACCCCCUAAAGCAGCUAUCAACUGGGAUUUCGUGACCUCCACAGACAGAAGGGGCAACAGAACCUUUAAAAAAUAAGGCCCACACAAUGGCAUAUGACCAUGAUGGAGAAGACAUCCUGAAGCCUCUGGUCUUCCGUCUCCACGAGAGCGUUCCUGAAGCAGUCCGUGAGGUCUUACUGGAACGUGGUUGGAGUGAAUUUGAUGAACAAGAGCAAGAUGACGCAGACUGGAAUCUGUACUGGCAGAACUCUCCUUUCCGUAUGACUGACCACCGAAGCAUUAAACCAUGGCAGAGGCUCAAUCACUAUCCAGAAACAGUGAGGAUCACAAGGAAAGACUAUCUGGCAAGGCAUCUGAAACGCAUGAAGGGAAUUUAUGGACCAUCUCUUUAUGAGUUUAGUCCAGUGGCAUUCAUCAUGCCUAAUGACUAUGUCAAGUUUAUAGCAGAGUACACCAAGGAGAGACAGUCACAGGGCAAAAAGCCAAGCUACUGGAUUUGCAAGCCUGUGGAUUUGUCUCGUGGAAGGGGCAUACUCAUUUUCCAGGACAUUAAAGACUUUGUAUAUGAUUGCAUGGUCAUUGUGCAGAAGUACAUUAGUAACCCUUUGCUUAUUUCUGGGUACAAAUCGGAUCUCCGCCUCUAUGUCUGUGUCACCAGUUUUUGCCCCCUUACCAUUUACGCUUACGAUGAAGGGCUGGUGAGGUUUGCCACUGAAAAGUUUGACCUCAGUUCUCUGGACAACGUCUAUGCCCAUCUGACAAACACCAGCAUCAAUAAAUUUGGCGCCUCGUACAAAAAAAAUAAAGAAGGGAUCGGCCAUGGCUGCAAAUGGACGUUCAGCAAAUUCCGAUCUUACCUACGCAGCCAUGAGGUGGACGACCUGCUUCUGUGGCAGAGAAUAAACAACAUCAUAAUGCUGACCCUGCUUGCUAUAACCCCUUCUGUUCCAUUGACAUCCAAUUGCUUUGAGCUCUUUGGGUUCGACAUUCUGAUAGAUGACACAUUCAAACCAUGGCUUUUAGAAGUAAACUACAGCCCAGCCUUGCGCCUAGACUGUUCCAUCGACACAACAGUGAAAAAAAGACUUCUCCAUGAUAUCAUUGAAUUGCUAAAUUAUAAACAAACUGACACCUUGAGAGAAAACAAAGAGCCUGGCACUAAAGCUUCAUAUGCUGGUAGAACACAUAUCCCCUUGAGGACACAGGGUGAAAAUGCAACAGAUGACGCUCCCAAUUUCCUUGCUUCUAGGCAAGAGAGUGAAUGGACUGCCACUUCUGCAGUGCAGUCUCUCUUGGAGGUUGCAGGAGGUUCAUUUAAGAAGGAGGCCAUAGUGAUUGGGAAAAUGGCCAGAACACAUCCAAGGAAAACACUAACCUCACAGCUCCGGGAAAGGAUGAACAGGCUGAAAACAUCUUCGCAAUCAAAGGCGGCGUCUAAAAGCAAACAGCUGCCAGGCGCUAGACACCCUGCACAUGCAUCUGUCCAAGUCACCCACUGGUUGCCUACCACUGAGUUAUGUAACUACAAAUUAACUAUUCCUCCAUAUUUUCUCUCCACUAAAGACAAAAGGCCCUUCCCUCGAGUAGGUGAUUUUGUCCUUAUAUUUCCUUUCAACGAUGCUGCACUUGAAGCCUCCAGAAAUGGAGUAGAUGUAAAAAGCAUCGUACAAGAAAUACACAAGUUAAUGAACAAACAGUCACCCCCAGGACAGCAGAAAGUAAAGAAGAGAAAAGAUUAUUUAACUUUUAGAUAACUCAGUGGAAGUUAGGCUAUAAGCUGCCACACAAUGAAAGAGGAAGACAAGAACCAGAUAUGAAUGGUGCUACUGACACAUCUUAGCUGGUGGCUUAGUUUGAAGAUGGUGGGUACGUGCGGAAGUCAUCUCAGAAAUCGGGAUCUUGCAAAACCACACACAAUUUGAAAAUGUCUCUUGUGAUUUAACAAUGCCACUAGGCAAUUAUUUUGUUAAAUAAAAGGAUGAAUUGCAUAAUUAAUUUAUACAGUAUUCUUCUGCCUCUAGAACAGUCCCAAAAUGAAAAUAUAAAGUUGUAUAUUCUUUCAAAA